GGGGGAAAGCUUUCAAAUCCUUUCACUUUUAUUUGCUGCUCUUCAAGUAAAAAAUAUUUCAAGUGCUCGAACAGCCAGUGCAUAAUUAUUAAUAAACUAGCUACAGGCAGUGCCGCACGUGCAAUAAAAUGUUGAAUAUCUUAAAUGCAAAAAUUUAAUGACAAAAAAAGUUGAUUUCAAUUUUUCAAAAAUAUUUAAUUUUUUUCUGUGUAAAUAGAUUGUAUUAAAAAAGAAAGGCUUUGAAAAGUGUAGUAAUAUUCUUAGUAUAUAUUGUUAGAAAAUAAUUUGUUCAACUCCAUCGCAAUUCGGAUUCUCGGUCAACAAAAUAUUCAUUGUCCUGUGAAAAAUCGAUUGAAUUUUUACCGUGCUUCACUGCGUGCUGUCAUAUGUGGAGCUUUUGUAAUUUAGUUCAAUAGUAAUCAAAGCGCAAUUGAAACAUAAGCAUAUAAUUUCCGUCUAAAGCAAUAUUUAAAAUCUAUUAAAACAAACCAAAACACAAUCCUACGCAUGAACAACCAACAUGAUUGUUACAUCUGGUGUGGAUAGCACUGCUACAUUGGGUACUGUUGAGGUCACAACAUUAUUGGGUGCAUUCUUUGGUGUCUUGGUGCUACUGUUGUUGCUCUUCUUAUAUAUAAGUCGCAGAUGCUGCUUUCAUCAUCGCCAUGGCAUCAACUGCUGUGACGAGCGACACUUGGCAGCCAAAUGUGUGCAGAAGAUUACACGCAAACGUCGCUAUGAGAACACCAGUUCCGAUUCGGAGGAGGAUAUGCUGCGACGCCUGCGCUGGCAUCAGCAGAACAAUAACAUAUUGCCGAAUGGCAAAUUUGUAGGCUAUGGCAUGGGCAUCGAUCAGCGGAACCCGUUGACUGGCCACAAUUUCAAUUAUCAUCAGGCUGACCUGCAGAGGGUGACAGUGACACGUGACCCUUUGGCCAUUGCUGAACGGGGCAAGGUCGGCAUACCGUCAUCUCAUAGCGAGUGCAGCUCCAAUGAUUCCAUCGAGGCAUCUGUCGACAGUCAAACGGGCAUAUUGACAGCUGACAGCAGAGCUGUGCCGGCUGUGUCAGCGCUGAGACACUCCUAUGCCAAGACACAAAAAUAUCAACAUAAAGUCGACGUGCCACAAAAGGUCGAGAAGGAUAGGGACAGUGUGAUUGUGGUGCCAAUUACUACUAGUUUAAACAACAACAACAACAACAACAAUAGCACUACGACCAGCAACAGCAACAACAACAACGAUGAUGAACCUCUUUUUGAUACCAGCGACUUGCGUUCGAUCAAGUCGGACGAUAUGCUGGUCAGCGAUGCAAAGCUCACAGCUCCGCGUGGACCUAUUGAGCUGGAGAUGUCGCUGCUGUACGAUGCGCCAAUGAGGAAGAUGACGGUGCAUGUGAUGCAGGCGAGAAGUCUGCCACCUUUGCCCAAUGGCCAGCAGACGCACACACAGGUACGCAUGCUGAUGCUGCCGAAUAAGAAGCAGAAGCACAAGACCAAGAUACGCAGUGGCGAGAAUCCGCAGUAUAUGGAGAGCUUUUUGCUACACCGUGUCAAUCCAGAGGACGUCAACAACAUGGGUCUGCGUGUGCGUCUCUAUGGAUGUGAACGGCUGCGCAAGGAGCGGCUCAUUGGCGAGGCCUAUGUGAGCUUUGCCACCGUCGACUUGGAGCUGGAGACAAAUCUGUGGCUGCCGCUGGAGCCACGAGUGACAACGUCGCUGUUGGGCUCGACCAGUGAUCUGCUGAGUCUGGCCCGAUCGGACAGUGCUGGCUCCACAUCCUCCAUGCAACACGGCGGUGUCUCGGAGCUGCUGUUGGGUCUGAGCUACAACGGAGUGACGGGCCGCCUCAGUGUCGAGAUCAUCAAGGGCAGUCAGUUCCGCAGUCUGACGCUGAACAAGGCGCCGGAUACAUAUGUGAAGCUGUGCAUGGUCAGCAGCAUUGGCCAGGAGAUCUCGAGAGCCAAAACGUCCAUAAGACGAGGACCCAAUCCGCUAUUCAAGGAGACAUUUGCGUUCCAAGUGGCGUUGUUUCAGCUGAACGAUGUGACGCUGAUGAUCUCGGUGUAUGCCAAGAGGCAUAUGAAGAAAAAUGAGAUGGUCGGUUGGUUUAGCCUCGGACUAAACUCAUCCGGACCGGAAGAAUGUGCCCAUUGGGCCGAUGUUUGUGAAAUGCCAAAAGGUGAGAUAUUGGCGCGUUGGCAUGUGCUGGUGGAUUCCUGAUUCGAGCAGUUGGGCCAGUCCACAGGACGCAGCACCAGAGCGCUCAAGAAAUUGAGCUUUGCUGCGUUCAAGGACCGGUCCAAGGAUAAAGCGCGAAAGGACUCAGACGAGGCUCAAUUCCCUGCAGACAAUGCGGUUGCAGUCGACAUUGAGCCCGGCCUGGAGCUGGAUUUUGUGUAGAAAGGUUCGAAGGUUACCUUCAACUUUUCGAUUGGAGCUUUUUUUUGGAAAGAAGAGGAGAACCAAAUGAUAUUGAUCGCUAAUCGAUAACUUUGUGUUCCCCCAAGGACUACAUAUUGUAAUUUUUGAAUGAUCUGGCUAGACCAGAUAUGAGCCCACGGGUGGGCAACAAAAGAGUAUUUGUACUUGGAAACUUGGACACAAAUCAAAUUUGGCAAGCACACAUUUUUAUUAUAAAGUGUGAGAAAAAAAAAACCAAUUAAUUAGAAUAUUAAAAUUUUUGUACGCAACUGCAUAAGCAUAACUUGUUACUAUAACGAAAAACCAAGAAAAAAAGGAAAGAGAACAGAUGAAAAAUUUAAACUUUAUAAUUGUUUGUGAUAAUGAAUACGAUAUGAAAAGAAAAACAAAGAAACAUUGGGAGAGACAUGUCAGGCGCAUGUGAAUUUUUUGGAAUUACUAUUUCUCUGCAACUCAAACGCAAAUAUUUAACCGCAAAGGUUUUGACGGUCUAACACGACUAGCACUUUUUUAUUACAUUAUUAUAAAUAGAAAAUACUAAAAUACAACAACAACAAAAAAAUGGAAAAAUUAUAAAAUACCUUACUUAGCAUUGUUAAACAGUUGAACAGUUUAACCAGAACAUUUUGCUAUGCGAUUAGGGCCAAGAAAUGGGCCCCAAUACAUCUGGAAGUGUCGAAAAGAAUAUAUU